UGUAAGGGCAAGUGACGUGACAGUCAAGGUUUUUCUAUCCACGUAUCAAGAUCAGGAGAAAUUAUGCUAUCGUUGGGCUUAAUUAUUUUGUGCUUAUUUCCGUGCGUUUACAAUGAGUACUAUCAUCGUCCUUCCUACCAAGUUCUGCUGCAAAGAAGGAAUAGUCACGGAGUUCUUGUCGAUGGAAAGUGCUUUGGAAACAUACUCCAAAGUCGUAUAGUGUUAACCGCGGCAUCGUGCUUAUUAGUUUCUAAUGAAACUAAAAAUAUAAUAACAACUGAGGAACUAGCCGUGUCAUUCAAAAGUAAUGAUCUAAGCGAAUUUCUUUACUUUGUGAGCGGAAUCGAAGUAUAUCCCGGAUUUAAUGGAACAACUCUUGACAAUGAUAUUGCAAUUCUUCGCUUGAGCACACAACUUCCCCUAUCAGAUCGAGACGAUAUUGAAUGGGUUCUGUUGGCUGAUUAUGAUUUAACCACGGAAUCGCCUUUGCAGAAAAAAGUAGAAUCAACACUUUCAGAAAAUGUUUAUCCAGGCUACGGUGUAAUUCAGGAAAGUAAUUUAGUUGGUAUCAUAUCCUUGGCGAAGGAUAAUGUUGAGUAUCAGUUUCCCAACAAAGUCACCCAAAUAAAUUCCUACCUAAGUUGGAUAUAUGAUAUUUUACAAAAUGCUGAAAUCGCCGACAUGCAAAAUAAUAACUACACUGUAUCUUUACCUUAUCGCCAGAGAAAGAGCGCAGAAAUGGGUACAGAAAUCCUUGAAACUGAUGAAGAGAUUGUUGCAAAUCCAGAAGACCUAUCUAACGAAUAUGUUGACUCUGAUGCAGUAUCUGAUAAAAAUGAGGAAGAGCUCGUCAAAUCAAAUGUUGAAUCUGAGGCAGAAUACUUCACAGUCGGAGUACGAGACAUUUUUGACCCAAAUGUUGAAACUAAAGCUGGAUAUUAUACAAACGCAGCGAACAUACUUAUGGCAUCUGGAAUUUCCUCAUGGAUAUUGUUAAUUAAUUUUAUUAUUGUUAAUUUCCAUUUCCUAGUCUUAUCAACUAAAAAAAUGAGAGGAUAA